AUGAGAACAGCUGUAAGCAAUGAUGGGCUUACUAGAUUAUCCAAACAACAAGUUCUAGAAAAGUUAAUCACUACUACAGUAGAUAUUCAUACUCUUGCAAGAUCUAUUACAUACUAUAAAUUACUACUACAAUUCAAAGUAUUAUUAAAACAAAUUCGUCUUGACUAUAAUCAAUAUUAUUACUCAGAAGCUGAAAACUUCUUAAUUAAGUACCUUAAAAUCUCAAUUCCAGCACAAUAUGAUGAUGCACUUUUUGUCCAAAAUAUUGAUACAUUUAUUUCUCAUAGAAAUGAAGAAGAUAUCUUAAUAUUUCAAAAAGAAAAUACUAAUACACUUACUCCUCAUAGAGAUGAUGGAGAUACCUUGACAUCUCAAAAAGAAACUGAAGAAAUAUACAAUAACACAUCCUCUGCCUCUUCUGAGAAAAUUAAUAAAAAUCUUUUUCAAUAG